GAGAAUGUAAUUUCUCUCUUUUUCUCUUAUCUUUUGCAGCGCAGGUAAUUGUCUAAAUAUUAAGUUAUUACACUUAUGGACGAGUACGUAGGAUAACUGAGCAUUUUUUUAUUUCUUUUAAAAAAUGAAUAUGAUAAAUAAAUGAAUAUGUACAAAAAUGUUAAUGAUCUAGAUAAAAUAGAUGCUUACUUUAAAGUGAGAAGAGCAAAACAAAUAUAUAAGAAGCGUUAAAAUAUGCUGCAAAAUGUGUUUAUUCUUUUUUGUCAUAAUUCUGUUUGUCUUGCAGAUACGUGUCUUGCCAUUUAUUAAAAUUCUACACUUGUUCAUUAGAAGUAAUAAGUGUAAAAGUAAUAGAUCAUUAUUAUUUCUAAAACUUCCCAUUUUCCAUUAUCGUAAAUGGGAUCGAUAAGUGGAUAUGUAUAUAAAAGAAGAUCUUGCUCUUAACAUAAAUUACUUUGUAAAGUUUCCUUCUGGAGUAUACAGUAUUUUAAAAAUACUUUAAUAUUUAGUGUAUUUAGCGAGAGUUUAACGAGAGCUUAGUGUGUUUAGUGAGAGCUUCAGAUUCGGUUUAUCAAGGCAAAGUGUAAAAGAGAAAGAAAGUCGUGUAUUCAAUAUUUCAUUGAAGUGUUACGUUUGUAUAUUUUAACAUGGCACGAUCUUUUGAUGAAAUAAAAAUCUUUGCCGAUACUAUGGAUGAUAUGGAUAUUAUAAGGACUAUGACUAGUACGGAAGAUCACGAAAACGCCUUUUAUAUUGCGGAUAUCGGUAAUGUUAUUCAAAAGCAUCAAGAAUGGAUUACCAAGAUGCCUAGAGUCAUCCCACAUUUUGCAAUUAAAUGCAAUCCGGAUCCAACAGUAAUCAAAGUUCUCGCGGCUUUGAAUGCCGGUUUCGAUUGUGCAUCCAAGCAAGAAAUAGAGCAAGUAAUGCGACACGGAGUGCACGGUGAUCGAAUUAUUUUCGCGCAUCCGGCCAAAUAUCCGUCUCACAUAAAGUACGCUAAAAAAAUGGGCGUCGAGCAGAUGACAGUGGACAGUGAAAGCGAGUUGCUUAAGAUUAAGAAUCUCUUUCCCGAAGCUAAGAUCGUUAUACGUAUACGCUGCGAUGCGAAGAAUACGCCGGUAGUACUGGGAUUGAAAUUUGGCUCCGAACCGGACGAGGAAACUGUGAGUUUAAUACAGCUCGCCAAACAUCUCGGCUUAAAUCUACACGGCUUCAGUUUCCACGUCGGUAGCCCAUGCGGAGAGAUGGAGGCUUAUGCAAGAGGGAUCGAAUUGUGCAAACAAUUAAUUAACACCUCCAAAGCAAUUGGACACGACAAUGUGCAGUUGAUUGACAUCGGCGGUGGAUUUCCCGGAGCGAGUGGAACUAAUGUCGAUAUGUUCGCCACUAUUAUCAACGAUGCGAUACAGGAUCUCGAUCCUAGCAUAAGAGUCAUCGGCGAACCAGGAAGUUACUACGUAACUUCCGGCUUCACUUUGGCUGCAUAUAUGCAUUCCAAGAGAAUUAUUCCGAAGAACGGCAGAAUGAUGAGAAUGUAUUACGUAAAUUGCGGCGUGUUCAGUGCCUUUAUAGAUGAACUGUUAGGUAUACAAGCUAGAGUCCCGCUAUUACUUUCCGAGCCAACAAACCACGAAAAAUUCCUUUCAAGUAUAUGGGGACCAACGGCCGACUCGUAUGAUUUAAUUGUCAAGGAAGUGAUGUUGCCCGAGAUUGAAAUAGGCGAUUGGUUGAUUUGGAAAGAUAUGGGUGCUUAUUCCAUAGCCGUUGCUACUACAUUUAAUGGUUUCCCAAUCCCGAUUGUGAUACCAUUCAUUAGGAAGAGUCAAUGGGAAAAUUUUAAAGUGCAAAUUGAUUCAAUGUGCAAUUGCAAUGAGCAAUUUGCUUCAUUCUGCAAAAAUCCAUCGAACAAUACAACUUAAUGUGAAUAAUAGAAUGAAUUCUUAUAAUGUAAGAUAAAACUUCGCCAAAAAUAAAAUUAAUUGUAUUAU